AAUAUUACUGAUAUUUCUUCAGUUAUGUUUUGGCUAUAUUACUUCAAGCUCCCAGUAUUAUUACUAAAAAGAUAAAAUGUCCACUUAUUUAAAUGUAUUAACAAAGACAUCGAUUUUCAUUAAGUGCCUUAUUUUCUCAGUACAUAUAGCUGACUUUAAUGUUGUCACUACAGUUUUUGUGUUUUAUGGCACUUUUUAUGUUAACUCACAAUAUUUCACAUAGUUUUGAAGUGAUCUGUUCGCUUAACUUUUCCAGUUUUCAGAAUUUUACUAUUAUAUUGUCUGCUCCAGCGGUUCUCAUACUGGGGGCCAUGGCUCCCGUCCCGGGGAUCAUGCUGAGGUUUGGUGGGGGAGGGGGGUACAAAAUGUCUGCACAGAUGAAAGCAGGCAGAGAGUGAAAGACAGACAGAGAGCAGUCUUCUGUUGUUUAAUCAUCUGCUGCUACAGAUUUAUUUUCAACAUAAGAUAUGUGUCAUACCAUGCUGUUCAUAAGUCAGCCAUCAAUUAUAUGUACAGUACUCAGUUGGAGGUCAGUAGGGGUUUUCUGUCCACAUGCCAUAUAUCCGCUGUCAGUAUUUUUAUAUAGUGCAAAUUGCACAAAUAAUUCAUCACACAUUUUCUUCAGGCAAAAAAUGUUAAAUAAACUUGAACAGAUUUGUAGUAUAUGAUUUAAAAAUAGUUACAUCUAUAAAACAAAACUGUACAUGUGCAAGAUGUGCAACAAACAUUUGUACAUUUUUACAGAAGAAGUGACUGAAGCAGCAUAUAUUUUGAAAUGAUUGAACACAGAUGAAGAAAAGUGUGCCAUUAUUUAGUGAAGCUGUUAAAAAAUAUUUAUCAGCCAAUUAUGAGCUAAUUUUGGCCUUAUAGCUUGAGUGCACAACUUAAGAAAAAAACAUCUGUCAAUGAACAAUUAAUACUUUUUUCUUUAUUCUUUUAUUCUUUUUCCCAAAUUCCUUUGCAAUCCCUCUUGAGAUGUGCAGUGUGGGACAGAGUGCCUUUCUGUUGCCGAGAAAGAACAACAGUUUUGCAGCUGUUUCAGCACAGCAAGGGUUAAAGUUACCAUUUUAGAGGCUGGAUUCCUGUGUCAAGCUGUGCACACAGUUAAGCAGAGUCUACUCACACAUGCACACACACAUACACUAAGCAGUGCUGUGUGGCAUUUGCCUCACUAAACUGCUUUAAUUGCUCAUGUUGAUGAAGUUGGGAAAGACUGCUGGCUUUGUUCCUCUCCUGAACUCUGAGCUGGGGGCCUGAGUUACCACAGUAACUGUGCUCAGCCAACUGAGCCAGACAGGAGAAAAACACCGUAUUCAGGACACAUUCAAUACAACCAUGAGAGAGACUACAGUCUUCAGUGACCAUGAGUGAGAGUUUCUGCAGUCUCUGAAGAUCAGACGUAAAACCUGAACCAUGGCUCAAACUGAACAAGAGACGACAGCAGACAGAAAGAAGGAGGAAGGUAAAGAGAAUGGAGUUCACCUCAGGCGGAGCAUCAGUCUACUGCCUGCUGUCUCCUUCAUCAUAGGCACAGUUGUGGGCAGCGGCAUCUUCAUCGCUCCCAAGGGUGUGCUGAUGAACUCGGGCAGUGUGGGGCUCUCCCUGCUGGUGUGGGCACUCAGUGGAGUCCUCUCCACCUUUGGUGCCUUGUGCUAUGCUGAGUUGGGUACCAGCUUUAAAAAGUCUGGUGGUCAUUACACAUACUUACUCGAGACCCUGGGGCCACUUCCUGCUUUCCUGAGACUGUGGACUGAAUUUAUUUUUAUCAGGCCGGCAGUGGCCUCAUAUGUGUCACUGGCAUUUGGGCGCUACGUUGUAGAGCCCCUGUACAUGCCAUGUAUCGCCCCUCCAGCACUGGUCAAACUGGUCAGCAUCCUGGGAGUUACAUUCGUUGUAGCAGUGAACUGCUGGAGUGUAUCGUUGGCUUCACGUACUCAGGUCACUCUGACCUUUAUCAAGCUCUUUGCUCUGGCUCUAAUCAUUGUGCCGGGCAUCAUGGCCCUAGCUAAAGGACAAACGGAAAACUUUCGGAAUGCUUUUGACACUGAAUCUUUCACAUUGACCAAGCUUCCUCUCGCCUUCUACUCAGGACUUUAUGCCUAUGGUGGAUGGUUUUACUUAAACUUUGUAACAGAGGAAGUGAUCAAUCCAAACAGAAACAUCCCACUGGCCAUCAUUUUUUCCAUGACCACCAUUACUGUGUGUUAUGUGCUGGUUAAUGUGGCAUACUACACUGUGAUGACCGGUGAUGAGCUGCUGAUGUCUGAUGCUGUGGCUGUGACCUUUGCCAGUCGAGCCUUGCAGGGUGUGGCUUCAGGGGUGCCCAUACUGGUUUCUCUGUCCUGCCUUGGAGCCCUGAAUGGAGGCUUCUUUGGAGCUCCUAGGAUGCUGUUUGUGGGGGCCAGAGAGGGACACUGGCCUGCUCUUUUUUCCAUGAUCCACAUACGAAGACAUACACCUCUACCAGCUGUGCUGUUACUGUAUCCUCUGGUGAUUAUCAUGGUAUCAAGAGGAGAGAUCUUUCAACUGAUCAACUUUGCCUCAUUCUCACGCUGGUUCUUUAUUGCUUUAGCAACAUUGGGGCUUCUUGUCCACCGCUAUCGAUUCCCAGAGCAUCCAAGACCAUUUAAGGUUCCUUUGGCUGUAGUUAUCAUCUUUACUGUGGUGUGUUUCUGCAUCGUGGGCAUGUCUCUCUAUUCAGACCCAUGGAACACAGGGGGCAGCUGUGCUCUAACCCUAACUGGAGUACCAGUGUAUUACCUGACGAUAAAAAGAUCAUAUAUACCAGCCCGAUGGAAAAAAGCCUUCAACUACUGCAGCCUACAACUUCAGAUCCUACUGGAGGUGGCCCAACAGGAGGUUCAGACCUACUGAGAGAACAAGACAAUUCUUCAUCAUACCUCAUCAUCUACUCUGAUGUUAAAUACACUACAUUCCAUAGGCAUUUUGACAGUAACACAUUUUCUGAGAUUUUACCUUUAUAUACCACCUUAAUAGACCUUACAUUAAGCAAACAAAAUGUGAUUGAAAUAUAGAUCUUUGAGGUUUUUGGAAAUGCAGUCUUUUUUACACAUUCAUAAAUUCAAUGGUAAUUUUACAAUCUAAUAUACAAUGUAAAAAUAUAUAAAUGCAACAGUUUGGGUUUUGCUCCCAUUUUUUCUGAACUAAAAGAUCUAAGACUUUUCUCAAAUUUUGUUCACAAUUGGGUCUAAAUCUGUGUUAGUGUUUACUGAGAUAAACCAUUCAUCAAUCACAGGUGUGACACAUCUAGAUGCUGAUUAGACACAGUAAUUAUUACACAGGUGUACCUGUAGCUGGCCACAAUAAAAGACCACUCUAAAAUGUGCAGUUUUACAGUAUUGUGAGAAUCUGAAAGGUCGGUAAAAUGUACUGCCAAAUUCUUAAUUCUUACUGCCAAACAGCUUAUGGUGGAGAAAUGAACAUUCAAUUCAUGGGCAACAGCUCUGGUGGACAUUCCUGCAGUCAGUAUGCCAACUGCAUGCUCCCUCAAAACUUGCAACAUUUGUGGCAUUGUGCUUUGUGAUAAAACUGCACAUUUUAGAGUGGCAUUUUAUUGUGGCCAGCUGCAGGUACACCUGUGUAAUAAUCACUGUGUUUAAUUAGCAUCUUGAUGUGCCAAACCUGUGACUGGUGGAUAGUUUAUCUCAGCAAAGGAGGAGUGCUCAUCAACACAGAUUUAGACAUUGUGAAUAAAAAAAUGGACAUAGGAAAAGUCUUACAUCUUUAAAUCUUCAGUUAAUAAAAAUGUGAGCAAAUCCAAAAGUGUUGCAUAUAUAUUUUUGUUCAGUGUAUAUACCCAUAUAAAAUCUUAAUCAAUAACAGUCCUUUGACAAACUGCAAUAUGUGAACGAAUGGGUCAGUGGUUCUGCGGUUUUUGGCCACACAAGGAGAUGUACACUAUUUUUUAUGGCAUUAACCUACAGGGACAGUGUUUAAAUUGUUAAUGGAAGGUAUUUCGUAAACCCAUUUAAUUAAGGUCAAUCACAUCUUGAUUGCAUAAUUUCAAAACCAGAAUACACAGAGGCAAAUUUCUUAAAAAAAAAAAAAAAAAAUCAUAAAAAUAUAAUUACACUUUUCAAAUAGUAAAGGACCUAAGAGUAAACAAGAUGUACUUAUGUGACUAAUACUAACUUUUUACAGAGUUCUUUUCUAAACUAAGGACUAGCAUGUUGCUAAAUUAGAACUUUACAUUUAAACUGUGAAAUAAGUAUUUGAGCUACAUUUUACUGGCCAGUGAGAAUAGACAUUUUUAGACAAUUUAAUGGUGUGACAAGAUUUAGAUUGAUCUUUACUUUAUCCAAAGGGUUUGGCUGGAAAAAUAUGUUUUUAAUGUAUAAUAAUUUUGUCCAAAUAAAACCAAAUAAAUAUUA